AUGAGGAGCUGGGAUGCCGUCGUUGCUGGUCUUCUGCUUUGUGCUUGCAGUGCUCCAACAGGGGAGUCCUUCCACUUUCCCCCGUCAUCCCGGUGGACAUCAUGGUCGUCGGCCUCAUCCUCCCACAGCGGGCGAUCUGCCACCUCAUCUGCUGAUGUUCCUGCCGCUACCACUCGGCGUAGCUCGAGACAUCACUCGCCACGACGGUCCAGGCGAAUCAGCAGACGGAGCUCGAAGAUUCGCAUGGCCGAGGAUGGAGCAACAGCAGCCACGCAACAGCAGUACACGGCUCAAGACCUCGAAGCGCUCUCCCGCAGCGAGCUGCAAGGCUUAUGCAAGAAGCUUAACCUACGAGCAGUCGGCAAGACCUCGGAGCUGCUGUCAAGAGUGCUGGAGAGCGACGAUCAUGCUCGCAGGGAGAAAGCCUUGGGCACCAAACCCGCCACCACAGAAUCGACUGCUUCUUCUUCUCCGAAAGACGAGGCGCCCAUGGGCGAGUCAACGAUGGCAGAACUGCUCUCGUCCGUUGACGAUGGCGGUAACAACACCAACUACAGCAGUGGUAGUCAGGAGAAGGCGACACCAACACCAACAGCAGCGGCAGCGGGGGCGGCCGCUCCAUCGACUGAUUUCUUCCUGGAAGAUAUCCGCCCGGUGUUUGACGAGCUGUCGGACGAGCAGUGGGCGAAGGUGGGGCAGCUGGGGCAGCUCCUGACCGAGUGGAACGGCAAGAUGAACCUCAUCUCCCGGAAGGAUAUCGCUAACGUCAUGCCGCGGCACGUGGUCCCGUGUCUUGCCAUGGCCAAGGCGCUCGACUUUGAGGACGGCACUUAUGGUGAAAUGCGCGGAGCGGGGGAAGAUCCGUCAAGAACCCUACCCCCUGAUCCCCAACCGCCUCCCCGACGUGAAUACCUUCCUUCGCUUUCUUGGUCAGUGCUAGACGUUGGCACGGGAGGAGGCCUCCCCGGCCUCCCGCUAGCGAUUUGCUUCCCGAUGGUGAAGUUCACGCUUAUCGACGGGAGGGGUAAGAAGAUAAAGGCCGUGGCCGACAUGGCGGACCGGCUGGGCCUUAGGAAUGUGAGGACGUUUCACGUCAGGGCAGAAGAGGUCUACGAAGCGUUCGACUUUGUCAUGGGCAGGGCGGUGACCAACCUCCCGAAGUUCGUCGGCUUCAUCGACAAGAACUUGAAACCGAACGACGGCCGGACAAGCAACCCGGCCGAUAGCAGCAGCAGCAGCAGCAACAACAGCCUCAAACGAGGCAUCUUGUACAUGAGGGGGGAGGUCUCGGAGGAAGAGCUGGCGGAGCUGGGGGCGCGGCCGUCAACGGUCAUUCCUCUCCAGCGGGUGUUGGAAGAGGCCGGGCAGGACGGGGACGUGGGUUUGGGAGGCGGAGCCGACGACAGGGGUUACUCAUCGAUAUUUCACUUUACAUCGGAGGCUAUCUGGAACAGGGUACCCAUAGCAAGUAGCGGGGGGGCUAGUGAGUGAAAUUGUCAAGUUCAGCGGUCGUCGAUGCCAUCAAUUUUGUUGUUGAUUUGUGUUUUUCCACGUGCCUCUGUGACAAACGUCUCGAGCAAGUCAAUCGUGCCGGAGAGCCAAAGCAAUGUUUGCCGUUUCGGGGCUCGUGCUUUAAGCGCCUCGAGAGAAGAGGCGCUCUUGUUCAAAACAUGAGUGUGUGUGUGUGCCAACUGCUUGGCUGCAGGUGAGCAUUUCGCAAGAUAAUGGUGUUUGAUUACGCUUGCGAAAGCCUUGCGAAAACAUCUCUCCCUGGACUU